AUGGCUUCUGAUAGCAACACCCACCAUAAAUCACCUUCAAGAAAUCAACAACAACUCGUCUCCACAAUGAUAAAGCAAGGCUUCAUUUCUGACCCCUUUCUCUCUCCUCCGCCAACUUUCCGGCCCGUCCCUAGCCCGACCCGCUCGCCGAAUCCGAAUCAGAGCCCGACCCUCUUCGAGAUGAUGUCCCUCGAACAUGCCCGAGAGCCCAAACCGCCAUCCGAAGCCCACAAGAAGCUCAGAGAAAGGAUUUCUGCAAUAUUGUUCCAAUCCCCAUUUCAUAACGUGAAUAGUGACAAUGAUUGGGGGACGGGUGACGUCAGGCUGACUAUAGCGGCCCGGGAGGGGGAGCCGGAGGGAGGUGGGGAGACGACGGCGUUCCGUGUGUCGAUGGACUUGCACAGGAGGGUGCUCGCCGCAAAAAGUCGGUUCUUUGCAGAGAAGCUCCGGCGAAGUGGGACCCAUUCCGUCGAAAUCCUUGAAUGUGAUGACGUGGAGGUAUAUGUGCAUGCAGUGGUACUUAUAUACUGCGAGAAUUUGAAGACUAAGCUCAUGGGUAUGGAGGUUUCCAAGAUCUUGGCCCUCUUAAAGGUGUUUUCAGCCUUCUUAUUUGAUGAUGGGAUAAUCGCAUGUCUUGAGUAUCUAGAAGCGGUACCUUGGUCUGAGAAAGAAGAGGAAAGAGUGGUGUCACAUCUCAAUCAACUUCAGCUUGAUGGCUCAAGGACGGACGACGUGCUUCAGAGAGUAAUAGCCGAGCCGUCAACUUCUUCAAGAGCCGAUGAUAUAUUCUUGAAAUUGUCGAAUGGUAUGUUGCAGGCCAAAAAUGAUAAAGCCCGAAGAGAAAUGAAAUUAUUGAUAUCUCAAUUGCUUAGAGAAGAGACUGUAGACAAGCCUGAUAUCUCAAGGGACACACUAUAUCAUGUUUGCCAUAGAUGUCUUAGUUCUCUUGUCCUCUGCUUAUCUGAAGCUGCUUGCUUAGAUGAAAGCACUCGAGAUCGAGGGAUUUUAAUGGGUGAGAUUGCCCGAGAAGCUGAUAACAUUCAGUGGGUAGUUGAUAUCUUGGUCGACAGAAAAAUGGGUGAUGAAUUUGUAAAGUUAUGGGCCGACCAGAAGGAGGUCGCUAUUCUUCACUCGAAGAUCCCCACAAUGUAUCGCCACGAAAUAAGCAAGAUCACUGCACAACUAUGUAUUGCUAUUGGAAGAGGACAUAUUCUAGCACCAAAGGAGACGAGGUUUUCUCUGCUCUCAACCUGGUUGGAAGCGCUUUAUGAGGAUUUUAGAUGGAUGAGACAGGCUUCUAGAGCGGUUGACAAAAAAUUGGUUGAGGAGGGACUAAGUCAGACAAUUCUUACCCUGCCGUUACCUCAACAGCAGUCGAUUUUGCUUAACUGGUUCGAUAGAUUCCUCAACAGAGGUGAUGAUUGUCCGAAUAUUAAGAGGGCGUUUGAAAUUUGGUGGAGAAGGUCUUUUGUGAAACAAUAUGUGAUUGAAUCUCAGUUGCAGAUAACGAUCUGUGAUUAUCCAAACUGA